UUUGUUUCAUUCUUUUGUCUCUUUGAUUCCAUUCCAUUUCUUUCCCAUUUUUUUGUUUUGUGUUGUCGUGUUUGAUUCUCAUUCAAUCAAAUAACUCCCUUUCUUCUUUAAAUAUUCCAUAAAUUCCGUUUCAGUUUCAAUCAAUUACAUUCUCAUAUAUAUACCCCUGCCAUGGUGACCAAAACAAUAGAUCUCCGGUCCGACACGGUGACGAAACCGACCGAAACGAUGCGAUUAGCAAUGGCAAAGGCGGAUGUGGAUGACGAUGUUUUGAUCUACGACCCAACGGCCCGACAACUGGAGACCGAAAUGGCCCGAAUUACGGGCAAAGAGGCUGCACUCUUUGUUCCUUCAGGGACAAUGGGUAAUCUGAUCAGUGUUCUUGUACACUGUGAGAUUAGGGGGAGUGAAGUCAUCCUUGGUAACAAUUCUCACGUCCAUAUUUACGAAAACGGGGGGAUUUCGACGAUUGGGGGUGUUCAUCCUAGACCUGUUAAGAACAAUGAUGAUGGGAGUAUUGAUGUUGAUGUGAUCGAGGCUGCGAUUCGGAACCCGGACUUUGAGAUAUGUUACCCGAAAACUAGGCUUAUUUGCCUCGAGAAUUCGCAUGCUAACUCUGGUGGUAGAUGUCUUUCUGUUGAGUACACAGACCGGGUUGGGGCUCUUGCGAAAAAACAUGGUUUGAAGCUUCAUAUCGAUGGGGCUCGCAUCUUUAAUGCGUCUGCUGCUCUUAAUGUUCCUGUUGAUAGGCUUGUACAGGCUGCUGAUUCGGUUUCGGUGUGCUUGUCGAAAGGGCUUGGUGCACCGGUCGGAAGUGUUAUUGUUGGGACAAAAAGCUUCAUUGCUAGGGCAAGGAUUCUGAGGAAAACAUUAGGGGGUGGGAUGAGACAGGUUGGCAUCUUAUGUGCUGCUGCUCUAGUUGCUUUACAAGAGAAUGUGCCAAAGCUUGUGACUGAUCACAAAAAUGCCAAGACGUUAGCCGAAGGGCUAAACAAAAUCAAGGGUCUGAGUGUGGAUGUAGCUUCCGUGGAGACAAAUAUUGUUUAUUUUGAGAUAGCAAAGGGGUCACAUAUUACAGCACUGAAGUUAGGCAAAAUUUUGGAUGAGCAUGGUAUACUUUUGAUGCCAGAUAGCUCAUCCAGGGUUAGGAUUGUGAUUCAUCACCAAGUUUCUGCAAGUGAUGUGCAGUACACAUUGGCCUGCAUAAAGCAAGCUAUGACCGGAGGGACUGAUGAAAAUGGCGGAAACUGAGGCAAAUCUUAAUCUUUGUGAACAUCAUUUUCACUUCCAGUUGUAAAACAAUAGUUUGAAUUUGUGUUGAAAUUGGUUUUCUGUGGACAAUCUCUUUAAAAUCACACCUGUUGUUUCACUUUAA